AUGGAGACACAGGGAACGACGGGGCAUGUGGACCGGGAGCCACACAGGGACCGGAACACCCAUCUCACCCCAUUCACUCUCCCACAGUCCGUGCAGGAGUUCCAUGAGGAUCUGUUCCCUGACUGCACGGGAACACUGCCAGCCACCGACGCCCAAGGCUGGUGGGCAGGGGACAGCCAGCAGGUGGGGAGGGUGAGCCUGCACCCUGCACGGAGAUCCACAGAGACCUUCACAUCCCCCAUCAUUGCUGGCACCGGCCCCACCGACACCAGCCACACGGACACCGACACUGGCCACACUGACGGCGACACUGGCCACACCGACACCGACCAGAGCGAAGCCAGUGGCUACUCCUCACCGUCCUCACUGGCCUCACCAGGCAGUGCGGCCACCUCGCUCUCAGCUGGCACGGGCCCCUCCAGCGGCUUUGCCAGCAGUCCCAGCCAGAAGUCCCUGCAGAGCAUUUUGGGGCCCAGCUCCCGCUUCCGGCACGCGCAGGGCCGGGUGCUGCACCGGGACCAGCACCUCACCAACCUGCGGGGGCUCAGCCUCACCACGCCGGGCGAGUGCGACGGCUUCUGCGCCAACCGCCAGCGCGUGGCCCUGCCCCUGCUCUCCGCCGGCGGCCAGGUCGCCGUCCUCGAGCUCUCCAAGCCCGGCCGUCUCCCUGACACGGCCGUGCCCACCAUCCAGAACGGCGCGGCCGUGGCCGACCUCACCUGGGACCCCUUCGACCCGCAGCGCCUCGCUGUCGCGGGCGAGGACGCCAAGAUCCGGCUGUGGCGGAUCCCUGAGGGAGGGCUGCAGGAGACCCUGCAGGAGCCUGAAGCUAUUCUCCGAGGUCACACGGAAAAGAUUUACUCCAUCCGCUUCCACCCCGUGGCAUCCGAUCUCCUGGUUUCCUCCUCCUACGACAUGACCGUGCGGAUCUGGGAGCUGAGCGCCGGGCGGGAGGUCUUGUGCCUGCAGGGACACACGGAUCAGAUUUUCAGCAUGGCUUGGAGCCCAGACGGGAAGAAGUUGGCAACGGUGAGCAAAGACGGACGGAUACGGCUCUACGAGCCGCGGCGCAGCUCUCAGCCUCAACAGGAGGGCCCAGGUCCCGAGGGGGGACGCGGAGCGCGCCUGGUUUGGGUUUGUGGUGGUGACUACCUCCUGGUGUCCGGCUUUGACAGCCGCAGCGAGAGGAGGAUCCUCCUGUACCGGGCACAGGCCCUGCCUGAAGGACCUUUGUCUGUCCUUGGUCUGGACGUGGCCCCUUCCACACUCCUGCCCUUUUACGAUGAGGAUACCAGCGUUGUCUUCCUCACGGGCAAGGGUGACACCAGAGUCUUCCUCUACGAAGUGACCCCCGAGCCCCCCUAUUUCCUCGAGUGCAACAGCUUCACCUCCAAUGAACCCCACAAGGGCUUCGUCUUCCUGCCCAAAACGGCGUGCGAGGUGCGGGAGGUGGAGUUUGCCCGGGCGCUGCGCCUGGGGCAGAGCACCCUGGAGCCCGUGGCUUUCCACGUGCCACGCGUCAGGAAGGAGUAUUUCCAGGACGAUCUGUACCCGCCGACCCGCGUGUGGUGGGAGCCGGCGCUGGGUGCAGGAGCCUGGCUGGACGGGCAGGACGGGCAGCAGCGCCGCGCCAGCCUGCGCCCCGCAGACAUGGUGCCAGUGAGCGAGGCCCCGAAAGAGGCUCCGGCUCGGAAGUUCGUCCCUGCCUCCGUGUACCUGGAGGAGAAGACUGAUGAGCAGAAGAAGGAGGAGCUCCUCAGUGCCAUGGUGGCCCGGAUGGGCAACAGGGACGACCCGCUGCCGCAGGACUCCUUCGAGGGCGUGGACGAGGACGAGUGGGCCAAGUACCUGGCACAGAUCAUCCUGGUGGGGGCCCAGGUGGUGGGACGGGCCUUCAUGCGGGCGCUGCGCCAGGAGUUCGCAGCGAGCCAGGCCGCAGCCAACGCACGAGGCCGUGCCGAGAGACCCCAGUCUGCUGCCGCCUCCAGGAUCAUCGGCAUCAGCCUCCAGGAAGCUCAGCAGAUCCUCAACGUCUCCAGCCUCAACCCUGAGGAGAUCCAGAAGAACUACGACCACUUGUUCAAGGUGAACGACAAAUCAGUGGGAGGCUCCUUCUACCUGCAGUCCAAGGUGGUGAGAGCCAAGGAGCGGCUGGACGAGGAGCUGCGCAUCCAGGCCAAGGGCGACAAGGAGAAGGGGCGGAAAGCCGAGACGUGACUCCUGCCCCCCCUGCCCCCCUGUGCCCCUCACCCUUAACUUAUAGGUAGCCAAUAAACACCGUGUCCUCCAGCACCUGGCCUGGCUGCUCCACGCCCGGGGAGGGAGCAGGGACCUGCCUGCCCUCGGCCCCUGUGAGGGGCUGCGUUUGCCCAGGGGAGGAGGAGGCAGCUGGGGAAGAAGGUUGUCCCCAGAGCAUUGAGGCUGCCAGGGCUCAAAGGGCACUGGGGGAGGCUGCAGGAGCUAUUUUUAGUGGGGAGGUUGGAUACUCUUGGAUUGAGUGCGUGGCUGCCUCUGGCUCCGUACCCUGGGAGUGCUGUGCCAUUACCUUCUCCCGGUGUGGAUGGCUGCUGGGCUGGGCUGAGGGGCUGUGAGGGGACACCCUGUGACUGUCCCCACCUGCAGCUCACCCCGCAGAUGCUGGCAGGGUUUCACUGGUGCUGAGGCUGCCUGAGCAGGGGCGUGGGGACACGGCUGGGGGCCAGGCAGGGCCAGCCGUGCUCCCCAAGGUCACACCCGUCCCCCCCUGCACCCCUCUGUCCCCAGCAUGGGCUCCUUGCCAUUACAACCAUGGACUGAAACAGGAACUUACUUCAACUUCACUUUAUUGUUUUCUUAAUAAACUUCCUCUCCCCUGGACGAAUAUAGUGUUACAGUCGUUAGCUUAUCUCGUACUUGUGCAGUCCUUACACGCUACGCUAACAGCGAUGGAGCCCAACAGGAGGAAAAUAAAAACAACCCAGAAACUACGAUAGAAAGGCACUUCGAGACCGUUAAAAUAC